AUGGAGUGUACGACUACCGUGGGACGAGGGCCGAACACUAACAACCCACGGCGAACUUGGACAUUUGAAGAAGAACGUGCAUUAAUCCAAGGAUUGAAAGAUCUCCUUGCACGUGGAAUGAAAGCUGACAACGGGUUCCGUUCGGGCUACACAUUGUUUUUAGAACAAUAUAUGCAACAACAAUUCCCGGGAACUACCAUUAGAGCCGAGCCUCACAACUCGUCCAAGAUUACGGUAUGGAAAAAAAACUAUGGUUUACUUGCACCACUACUUCAGAGCGGUUCCGGAGUUGGGUGGUCUGAAACUGGCCACCUACUUGAUGUAGAAGAUGCAGUGUGGAACGAUUAUGUUAAGGUGUAUUCCAAAGCUAAAGGAUUGCGAAACAAGCCAUGGCCCUUUUACAGUGAUUGGCUGGACAUAUUUGGAAAGUACCGCGCAACAGGGAAAGGUGCUGAAGGUUUCGCUGAUGUGGUGCAAGAGGGUGUUGAGAGUAGUGCAUCCGGGAAGGGAAAACGGGUAGGCAAACGUAAACGUGUUAAAGAUGUGGAGGUUGAAGUGGUCGGCCUACUCUCUACGUUAUGCGAGAAAGCCGAUCAACGUUGGGGUCAAAUGGUGGAACGUAUUGGGGUCCAACACGACGCGAAGGAGCAACGGAAGGUUUUGUACGAGGCGUUGAAAAAAUUCCCAUGUUGA